GCGGGCCAAUCAGACCGCACGGACUGCGCUUUCCUGAACGGCCGCAGCCGGAGCGGAAAGGUGGUCGCGGUCUCUCGUGGUCUCGGGCGGUUUUUAAGCGUUCGUGCCCCCCGCUUGCCACGUUCCGUCUUUUGGCUCCCACGAUGUCAAUGUACCAGGUAAAGCCCUAUCAUGGGGGCAGCGCAUCACUCCGUGUAGAGCUUCCCACCUGCAUGUACCGGCUCCCCAACGUGCACGGCAGGACAGGCAGCCCCGCGCCGGACGCAGGCCACGUGCAGGAAGAGUCUGACCCAUCUCUCCAAGCUCUCGAGUCCCGCCAAGAUGAUAUUUUAAAACGUCUGUACGAAUUGAAAGCUGCAGUUGAUGGCCUCUCCAAGAUGAUUCAGACACCAGAUGCAGAUGUGGACGUAACCAACAUAAUACAGGCUGAUGAGCCUGCUGCUUUCUCGACCGGCACAUUGGAUUUAAAUUCGGUGCUCGGAAAGGAUUACGGGGCUCUGAAAGACAUCGUGAUCAAUGCAAACCCUGCCUCCCCUCCCCUGUCCCUGCUCGUGCUGCACAGGCUGCUGUGUGACCACUACAGGGUCCUGUCCACCGUCCACACACACUCUGCAGUCAAGAGCGUGCCAGAAAACCUCCUGAAGUGCUUUGGCGAGCAGACUAAAAACCAGCCCCGUCACGAGUAUCAGCUGGGUUUUACUCUGAUUUGGAAGAAUGUGCCGAAGACUCAGAUGAAGUUCAGCGUCCAAACAAUGUGUCCCAUCGAAGGAGAAGGGAACAUUGCACGUUUUUUGUUCUCUCUGUUUGGCCAGAAGCAGAAUGCUGUAAAUUUGACCCUCAUAGAUAGCUGGGUAGAUAUAGCUAUCUUUCAGCUGAAAGAGGGAAGCAGUAAAGAAAAAGCUGCUGUGUUCCGCUCCAUGAACUCUGCUCUUGGGAAGAGCCCCUGGCUUGUUGGGAAUGAACUCACUGUGGCAGAUGUUGUGUUAUGGUCUGUGCUCCAGCAGACGGGAGGCUGCAACGUGACAGUGCCAGCCAAUGUGCAGAAGUGGAUGAGGGCAUGUGAGAACCUGGCCCCUUUCAACACUGCCCUCAAGCUCCUUAAGUGAAGUUUAAUAACUGUAUAAAAGGUUGACUUCGAGAAUGGUGCUGUUUCACGUGUAUUGUGGGUAAAGGAACUUGUACUAAAAUCGGUCUAUCUGGGCCAGUUGCCUAGAAUCAAUAAAGGCAUCAAAUAAUU